AUGAAUGGAACAACGGAACUGGAAUUUUUAAUUGACACUGGAGCUGAAUUGACUGUGUUGCCAAAAGCCAUUGCAAAGAAACACAACAUCCGCUUAACAAACACCACUCGCAGAGCGUUCAGCGCCGGCGGAGAAUCUUUUCAAUUACACAGGUCUGUUCCUGUUGAUCUCACCAUAGGGGCACUUGAGGUGACCUGCUGCCUGUGGGUGGGGGAUAACAUCUGUGAGCCGUUACUGGGCAUGGACGUUUUGUUGACGUUCAACGCCUCCCUCGAUUUCAACGAGGGAGAAGUGACUUUUAGGCUGCGACGCCUAACACUCAGUGACCUCGCUGACCACCCCAUCUGGGCGAAAGAUAAACUGGACUGUGGGAAACUUGACAUGGAACCUGUGAAAUUGACUGGAAAGCCGCCCCCGAGCACGAAGCAGUAUCCCAUCAACAGAGCUGCAAUCCAAGGACUGAAACCGGUCAUCCGUGAACUGGAGGCGCAGGGGGUUAUCUCCAAAACAAAGAGCUCAUCCAACAGCCCCAUCUGGCCUGUCUUAAAGCCAAAUGGAACCUGGAGAUUGACUGUGGACUACCGGGUAGCUAACAAACACAUUGACAAGCUAACCCCCAUUGUGCCUGACCCUGCUACCAUUUUCAGUUCACUGACACCAGAGCAUACAGUUUUUUCUGUGCUUGAUGCUGUGAACGCCUACUGGAGUGUCCCUCUGGCUCCGGAGAGCCGUGACUGGCUGGCUUUUUGUUUUGAUGGCACACAGUACAAAUUCAACUUUCUUCCCCAAGGACUGCACAACAGUGCAACGCUUUACAACCAAGCCCUGAGACACCACCUGAGUGCCCCUGAAGCACCAAAAGUCACCUCUUCUGUGAUAACGUACAUGGAUGAUAUCCUUAUUGCGUCACGGAAGGAGGAAGAGCACGACAAGGAUGUGAAACAGUUGCUGGACUAUCUGCAUGAAAAAGGACACAAGGUGAGCAGAGAAAAAGCACAACUGUCUCAACCCUCAGUCGUCUACUUGGGCCAGAAGAUAUCCCCGGGAAAGAGAGAGAUCACCAGCGAUCGCACCACUGCAAUUAAAAAUGUUCCUGAGCCAAGCACAAUCCGUCAACUGCGGGCUUUCUUGGGUCUGUGUAACUACAACCGUGCAUGGGUUGAGUGUUAUGCAGAGCUGACACAGCCCCUGAAUGACAUGCUGAAAGGCAGCCCGGAUUCCAAAACACACAUCAGUCUGAACGACGAGCAACGUGAGGCCUUUGAAACCCUGAAAAAGACACUCUGUGCAGCCCCAGCUCUGGGUCUCCCUGACCUGGAGCGACCUUUUGUGCUCUAUGUGCAUGAGAGGGAGGGGUACAUGACAGCAGUGUUAACCCAAGAACACGGUGGGCCUCAGAGACCUGUGGGCUAUUACUCAAGCAAGCUCGACACCACAGCACUGGGAUUUGGCCCUUGCCUCAGAGCAGUACAGGCUGUCUUUUUAGCCAUAAAUGCUGUCUCUGGGCUAGUGCUAGAUCAACAGAUGACUGUGCGCUGCCCACACUCUGUGUCCUCCCUCAUGGCCAUGCGUAAGGUUGCUAAAGUUUCAGACAGCCGUUGGGGAAACUGGCAGGCUGUGCUGGAGUCUCCUCACAUCACGAUUCAGCACGCCACAGUGUCUAACCCAUCCACCAUGAUGUACCCUCCGGCUGAUGAUGUCAUCGAUGAUCACAAAUGUGAAGACCUGGUCCAGUGUGUGGACGACGAGGGUGCUACGAAAGAAACUCCUCUUCAAAGCCCUGAACUCGUGCUGUACACAGAUGGGUCUGCCAUGGUGAUCGAGGGGGAGCGUUGUGCAGGAUGGGCGGUAACAAACGACUUCGAGGCUUUGAAGACGGGUUCGUUACCUCCAGGCACUUCAGCACAACAGGCGGAGCUACACGCGCUCACGGAAGCCUGUAAGCUGGCUGAGGGCCAGACUGCCAACAUAUACACAGACUCCCGAUACGCCUUCGGCAUUGCUCACGACUUUGGACUGCUAUGGAAGCACAGGGGAUUCCUAACUGCAAAAGGGACCCCGAUAAAAAAUGGGGAAUUCGUUGCGGACCUGCUGGAUGCGAUGAAAUUACCUAAAGACUUGGCAAUAAUCAAAACAAAAGCUCACACAAAAGAAAAUACAACUGAAGCAAAAGGCAAUGCUUGCGCGGAUGCGGCUGCUAAAACAGCCUGUUUGAGGGGAAAAGCAACUUCUGACGGAUCACAAGGUAACGAAAACGGACUGAAAAAGGACUAUGAACAUGGCAUACGGCAAGUCAAACCCGAGGAGGACUCUUCAGGUGUACAGGAGAAAUUGUCGAACAUCAAGGAUAUGCAAGAGGGUGCCUCGCUAUCUGAAAAGUGGACAUGGAUUGAGAAUGCGGCGAAACUUCACGACGAUGGCAUGUGGAGACAUGGGAACAAGGUCGUGGCUCCCCAAUCUCUUUUGGACCAUCUCGCACUACAGAUACACUCACUGGGACAUGUAGGGGUGGAGAAAAUGAAAUACCGUUUUUCCCAGGUGUGGUGGAGUCCCCGAUUCUCUGCCACAGCUAAGGAGGUGGUAAAGCGCUGCGUUAUCUGCAUGAAAAACAACAGCAGCGGCACUGUAAAACUGCCACAGCUCAAAACCCCUGCUCCCCCAGGCCCCUUCAGACACUUGCAAGUCGACUACAUUACUCUGCCUCUGUGUCAAGGAUACAAAGACUGUCUUGUGGUGAUUGACAAAUUCUCCAGAUGGAUUGAAGCCUACCCUACCAAGCGUGGAACUGCCACACACACUGCUAAGGUGCUUGUAAAGGACUACUUCUGUCGCUUCGGGGUCCCUGAGGCCAUUGACUCGGACCAAGGGUCGCACUUCAAGUCAGCUGUGUGCGCGGAGGUCAGCAGGAUGCUGGACAUUCAGUGGAAGCUCCACUGCCCCUACCAUCCUCAGUCCUCUGGCCAGGUGGAGAGGGCCAACCGUACACUGAAAGAGAGACUCGCGAAAAAACACCAAGAAGGGGUCCCUUGGCCUGAAGCCCUGCCAGUUGUGUUAUGCAGCAUGCGCGCCACACACAACAAGGAAACGGGACUGAGCCCUUAUGAAGUCAUUACGGGAAGACCAAUGUCAUUGCCUGGAACAAUCGACUUGAGAAAAGCAGAUGUUCAUCUGGUCUCUGAUGCUCUCCUCAAUUACUGCAUCCAACUCACAGACGCUGUGCACUCGGCUGAGAAGGCAGUGCGUGAGGCUUGGAGAGAGUGUCCAGAGGGUGGACAUGCGCUGGUGCCAGGGCAGUUUGUCUUAGUGCACAAGCCUCAAAGAUUAGCUUUACAACCUAAGUGGGAAGGUCCCUAUGAAAUUCUCCUAGUUACCAACUCUGCGGUUAAAUUGCGUAAAAAAUCAAAAUGGAUACAUGCUAGUCACUGCAAAUUAGUUGACAACCCCUGAGCUCGUAAAAUCAUUUUUUCAGGACAAGGUACCCAGAUUGUUUUGCGUAAUUUUCCUUCUAGCAGUAGUGAGAACAGGGAGUGUAUUUCUGCGGAAGACUUUUCUUUGCUGUGAAUCAGCAGGGGUUUUUUGUUUUACGGGAGUGUAGUUUUGGGUGGUGAGAUAGGGGGUUUCUUCCUGCUGUUAUCUGUAGGCUCUGUCCACUGUCUCAACAUUCCGACCUUGUCCUGAAAACAAAACAAUCCUGGUGGAGAGAGAAAGGAGUGAAAAACAAAAAAAAAGAACACAUUAUCUUUCCUCAGUAUAAUCAUUUAACACUUUAUAUAUUCAUUUCAAGACAUUUAAUUAUGAGACACUUUUUCCUUGUUUUAAAACAUUUAAUCAACCAGCUAAUCAAAGUUUUACUGCCAAUGUGAAUGACUGUUUUUUUAAUGACUCAGUUAUUUUGUUUGUUUUCCCUGUGCAUAACUACUUUUAAACAAUUCAGGUAUUUUGUUUUAUGUGUGUGAAUGAUGCUAUAUAGUCAAUCAUUUAAUCCUCACCUUUUUAAACUAUAAUCUGAUUGCUGGUUGAUUUAGUCACCCUGUUUGUCUCAGAUACUUGGUAUCUGAUUUAUCUGAUACUGCCUUGUUCUUUCUGCCAUUGACAGAAU